UUUUUUAUUGUUUCUUCGUAUUAUCUAUUUUACUCUAUGUGUUUAAUUUGACGUUUGCUUUGUCAGCUGUGGCCACGUCUAAAUUCAAAUAAUAGGAACAAUUCAGAUUUGAUUUAAUCACGAAAAUGUCAGUUACCUGCGAAUAUUCUUCCGAUGAUGAAGAUUUUAAAAGAAUAACCGAGACAAAUUUUCAGAAAAUACGCAAUAAAUCUGCGAAAAUUGGCUACGCCGACGGUGUAUCAGUUGGACAGGAAGAAACUUUUCAAACUGCUUUUGACAAAGGAUAUGCGGAUGGUUUACGCACUGGUUUUGAGAUAGAGAAAUAUAAAUCAUUUGCCUUGAACUUAAAUGGCGAAAAGGAUAAUGAUUUGCAAACUGAAAAAUCUUUAUUUGAGAAGAUGUCAUUGCCAUCAACCAGAGAUGCUAGCCAUUGUCACUUUACUGAACAUAUCAAUGAACCCCUAAAUACGAUUUCCAAACAUCAAAACCAUUAUGUAGAAGAUUUUUUAUGUCAGUGCCAACAAGCACUGCCACUAACUACUAAUUUAUUAGCGUCGCAAAAAGUAGAGUAGAAGCUAUGAUUUAAUAGAAAUAAACAGUUUUUAUAAAUACAA